AUGGAAAUUGAUAAGCUGUUACUCGAACAACUAGAGUUUGCAUCAUUUUGGAAACUCAACAAAAUGGUUCAGCUUCCUCACAAAAUUGCAUGUUUUUAUGUUUGUGGACUAAUAUUUACAUUAGCCACUGCCCAAACUACCACUAAUACAACCAAAUUAAUGCCAACGCCGCACACCAUCACUAAAGGUGCCAAUAUCACAAAACCAGGAUGCCCUAAGCAGUGUGGGAACGUUACGGUUCCAUACCCGUUUGGUAUUGGCACAGGAUCUGGUUGCGCCAUUAAUUCGGGUUUUGAGUUAUGUUGCAACAUUUCUAAUGAUGGUUCUGAAAAACUCCUCAUAGGAAACACUGAGGUCUAUGACAUAUCCGAUGCUGAGGUGCGCAUCUCCAGUUGCAUAGAUCGGAGAUGUUACAACUCCGCCGGAGAUGUCCUUUCGGACGAGCCCGCGUGGAAUAAUUUUUCACCAUCAACACCAUAUAGUUUCUCUGCGUUGAACAGGUUUACUGCUGUUGGUUGUGAAGCUGCUACCAUGACGGCAUUUAAAUUUGAUUAUGGUUGCAACCCCCGCUAUAUCAGCCAGGGCGAUGUGGUAGAAGGAGAAUGUACGGGCAAAGGCUGCUGCCAGGUACAAAUACCCAUGGGCUUGAAAUACUAUAGCAUAACCAUGUCUACCACAAGAAAUUACAAUGUUUCUUCUUUUUAUCAAUGCGGGUAUGCAUUUUUGGCCGAGGCAAAGCGCUUCCAUUUCAGAGGGCUAAAGGACCUGAGUGAUCCUAAUUUUAAAGAGAGGACUAAAGCCAGUGUGCCCAUUGUGCUCGAUUGGGCCAUUGGAAAUCUUACGUGCAUUGAAGCACAGACGAGUGAGGAUUAUGCUUGCAGGCAAAACAGCGAGUGUGUUGAUUCAGAUACUGGCCUUGGUGGCUACAGGUGCAGUUGUAAUGAAGGUUAUGAAGGCAAUCCUUAUCUCAGUCCGGGGUGCCAAGAUAUUGAUGAAUGUGCAGAUCCAAGCACCAACUCAUGUGAAAUGACCUGCACAAACAUCCCGGGAAGUUAUAAUUGCUCUUGUCCUAAUGGAUAUACUGGUGAUGGCAAAAAGGAUGGUCGUGGUUGUAUUGCUUCGUACUCUGAGUUUCCAUGGAUCAAGUUCUCUAUAGGUAUGGGAGUCGGCUUUAUGUCCCUAGCGAUUGUGAUAACUUGGCUUUAUUUCAGCAUCAAGAAAAGAAAUUUGAUUAAAAUCAGAGAUAAAUUCUUCCAGCAAAAUGGUGGUUUAUUAUUGAAACACAGAAUCUCCACUAACGAGGGUGGUGUGGAAGCCAAAAAAGUUUUUACUGCUGAGGAGCUCAAGAAAGCUACAAACAAUUAUGCCAACGACAGAAUUAUCGGUCGUGGUGCCAAUGGGAUUGCAUAUAAAGGCUUGUUGUCUGAUAAACGCAUAGUUGCUAUUAAAAGAUCUAAAAUUGUGGACGAGAGUCAAAUAGAGCAAUUUGUAAAUGAGGUGCUUAUUCUUACUCAAGUCAUGAACCAUCGGAAUGUGGUGAGGCUCUUCGGGUGUUGUUUAGAAGUUGAAGUUCCUUUGUUGGUGUAUGAGUAUGUCUCUGAAGGAACUCUUUACGAGCACAUUCACAAUCAACAUGGAAAGUCACCUUGGUUAUCUUGGCAAAACCGUUUGAGAAUUGCGACAGAGAUAGCAAGUGCACUUGCUUACCUUCAUUCAUUUGUAUCCAUGCCUAUAAUUCACAGAGACAUCAAGUCUGCCAACAUAUUGUUAGACAAUGAUUACAUAGCUAAAGUGGCAGAUUUUGGAGCUUCAAGGUUAAUUCCUUUGGAUCAAACACAUGUGGCUACGUUAGUUCAAGGGACGUUAGGGUACUUCGAUCCUGAAUAUUUCAGCACAAGUCGAUUGACGGAGAAAAGUGACGUUUAUAGCUUUGGAGUCGUUCUAGCUGAACUUUUGACGGGGUUGAAACCUAUCAUUAGAGCUAGAAACGAAGUGGACAUGAAUUUGACGGAUUUUUUUGUUUUGUCCAUGAAUAAGAAUCUCUUGUUUCAAAUUCUUGAUCGUCGUGUCUUGCGAGAAGGGAGUCUUGAUCAACUUCAAAUGGUAGCUGAGCUGGUGAAGAACUGCCUUCGCUCGCAUGGAGAAGAUAGGCCUACAAUGAAGGAAGUGGCUGGUGAACUUGAAGGUAUGAGGAAAUUAACUAGGAACCCUUGGUUGAAUCAACAUGGACAUGAAGAGAAUGAGGACGAAUCAUCAGAUCUUUACACGAUUCCAAUUAACUCUAGGUAAUGUAGAUUCGUCCAGUUUAUCCGGAAAAUAGAAUUCGGAUAGCUCUCAUGUAUUAAUGUUGAAUCCUAUUGAUAGUCCAAGUUGGUCCAAAUUCUAGGCGACUAAUAAUGAUAUAAGAUUAUGUGUUACUUUCCCCGUCCCUCUGUUUUUUUUCAUAAUGAAUGUAUUAAUGUAAUUUUCUUUCCUUUCAUUUUUAGUUUUUCUUUUGUUCUCAGGGGUUUUCUUUUUGUUAUUCUUCUUUUUAGUGUUGGAGGAAUGUAAAAUAGAACGUUCAAACAUGAAAAUUAAGCACUUGGGCUUGGAUGAACAUAAACAUCCCCCCUAAAUUUAAUUUAGAUUAGCUCUAUGCCUUUUGGAUGUUUAAAGUGAGUGUUAUUAAGACUUCUUGUCUUGGGCCUUUUAGCACUACAUCAAAACCUAAGUAUGCCUUUGUGAAA